GCAACAUGAAGGAGCGAAUAGACAGAAAGAAAAAAACGAGAUAGAUGGGAAGAAGAGAAAAGCUAAAAUGAAAUGGAAAAGAAAGAAAAGAAGAAGAAACAAAACAGAAGGGAUAAAGAAAGACGUAACAAAAAUAGAAAAAGAGAAGGGAACGAGAGAAAAACAAUAA